GUCACCACGUCACUUCCGGAUGCGGUAGAGUAGGAGCUCAAUUAAAAGCUUAAGAUCAGAUUAAUAAAUGACAGAGACGCGUUUAUCAGCUCGCGUCCCAGAGCUGCCCUCAGCCUCCGCGCCUGGACCCUCGCCCCUGGACAUGUCCGCGCUGGUGUUUCUCCUCUGAGGAGCCGCUGCGCUUCGGGCUGCUUUAGCUUAGCCUUAGCUUUAGCCUUAGCUUCAGCGCUAGCGUUAGCCUUAGCACAGAGAGUCCGGCUCCGGCUGUGAGGAAGCAAACGACGCGUAGCGUUAUGUGGAUGACCUUUGACGAUGAAUGGACUAUCAGUCAGUGAGUUGUGUUGCCUGUUCUGUUGCCCCCCUUGCCCGAGCCGCAUCGCCGCCAAGCUCGCCUUCCUGCCCCCUGAGCCCACCUAUGCCCUCCUGCCGGACCUGGAGGCUGGCACGGUGCAGACCGGCUCCACCACUGGCUCCAGCCUUCGCUCACGGGGCGGAGGGGGCAGCGGGGGGACGGGUGGUGGAGGCGGAGGUGGGGGGACCGCCGGAGAGGGGCGCUGGAAGCUUCAUCUCACGGAACGGGCGGAGUUCCAGUAUUCCCAGAGGGAGCUGGAUGUCACCGAAGUUUUCCUGACCCGGUCCGCUCGCGGGAACAGAGUGGGCUGCAUGUACAUCCGCUGCGCUCCGACUGCAAGGUUCACCGUGCUUUUCUCUCAUGGGAACGCAGUGGAUCUGGGCCAGAUGAGCAGCUUCUACAUCGGCCUCGGGACCCGAAUCAACUGCAACAUCUUUUCCUACGACUACUCGGGCUACGGCGUCAGCACGGGCAAGCCCUCGGAGAAGAACCUUUACGCAGACAUAGACGCAGCGUGGCAGGCCCUACGCACGCGGUAUGGCAUCAGUCCAGAAAAUAUAAUCCUCUAUGGGCAGAGCAUUGGCACGGUGCCCACCGUGGACUUGGCAUCACGGUACGAGUGUGCCGCCGUCAUCCUGCACUCUCCGCUCACCUCUGGCAUGCGCGUGGCCUUCCCCGACACCAAGAAGACCUACUGCUUUGACGCUUUCCCCAACAUCGAGAAGGUGUCCAAGAUCACGUCUCCGGUGCUGAUCAUCCAUGGGACGGAGGACGAGGUGAUAGAUUUUUCUCACGGGUUGGCCCUGUACGAGCGCUGCCCGAAGGCCGUGGAGCCGCUGUGGGUGGAGGGAGCCGGACACAACGACAUUGAACUGUACAGCCAGUACCUGGAGCGCCUGCGCAGGUUUAUUGGGCAGGAACUGGCAACACAGCACACCUGAGACCUCACCUGCACUCAUCAAAAUCACUCUCUAUUUCAUUUCUUCCACUAUCUAGAUCUUGUCCUCUCCUUUUCUCUUUCGCCUACCAUUUUCUCCCACUCUUUUCUCUUGGUCUAUCCGGUCUUUUUCUUUCAGUCAUCACUCUCACAUCUUUUCACUCUCAUCACCUAGGUCUCUUUUUAUUCUCUUUCUGUCUUGACGUCCUUCCGUCCCUCCAGACCGCCCAGCUCCAGCACCAGUGAGAUGGCCAUCUGUAAAACAGGUGGAUUCCUCUGUUUUCCAAUGGACGCUGUUGCUUAUGUGGAGCGAGUUGAUGUGGAGUCUCUGCAGUGGAGGUUUUCCGGUUGGCCUCUCCACCGGCUCCAUGUGUGGAAGUGUGUUUGUAAGAGGCAAAGCUCUCUGUUCUGUCCUUAUCCGAGGGCAGUACAAGGAAACGAAGCCAGGCCUGACCCUCUACCUCCUGCCUGCUUACAUGGCUAAAAUAAACAAAAUCCAACCGGGAAACCAGUUUGCGUGAUCCUAACUGGCACCCUACUAGCUUACGUGCGUAAUAAUGAGAAACGGCUCAUGCCUUCUAGACACCUGAUCUGAGAAACAUCUUCCAAAACUCGUUCAGAAUAGGGCUUCAUGGUAUGGAUGAAAUAGCAUUGCAGUUUUAUUGCUACAUAUUGUGAUACGAAUAUUAAUCUGCAUUAUACACGGAUUCAUCAAAACACCUACUAGAGAUGAUUUGGCGCUAUGAUUGAUCAGCAUUGGUUAGAUUAGCAUAUUUGCCUUCUUUAGUAUCAGUAUUGCAAAGGCCAGUAUCACAGUAGGGACUCAGACAAUAUAUCGUGCAGCCCUAUGUCCGAUUAUUGAAAUUUUUUAUUCUGCACAACUACAUAUAAGAUGUAAACCGAGCUAUUCAGAGUGGGUUUAUGCUCAGUUUUGGAUAAGAUUACCAAGUCAGAACUCUUCACAGUAGUGGUGAUAGGAACCAGUUGCCCCCCCUCUAAAAAAAAAAAAGUUUGUCAGUAGCGUUGUGAAAGUUUUGGCCACUGCGUUCAUGGCGGAGGGAUACGUGAAGCAAAAUAGUCCCAAAGAAAGCUCAAUAUUUCAGAUGCUCUGCUAUUUUAGCAUUAUCAACAUUACAUAUAAAACUCGAAGACACGUGUAGGUUCAGUGGUGGGUUUGGAUACUAAAUAAAUAAAACUCCUAUCACCACCACUGUAAAACAGACUACUCUGAAUUUACUUUUGUUAUGCAGGCAUUUUGAAAAAUCUGUGGAAUUCCCUUCAUCAUUUGUUCUUAAAACCCCAAAAAAGUUUUUCAGGCACCAUGAACCAGCUCCAUUUCACCACUCGCACAGCUGACCCAUCCUCCAGGUCCUUAGCAAGCUGACUGAUGAUCUGCUGGUGGGUUUGGCAUGAAUAUCUAGAAUUUCUCACCCCGAGGGCAGUUUCCCCGGCAGAUCCUGUUCUGAAAACAAGCCACCUGCAGGUGAUAUCAUCUCUUCCACGCAACUGGAUAGUUUCCCUUGCCAAACACGCUCUCGGGUCAGACUCAUUGCUUCUCCUUACACAUAUGUGUGACAAAUCAUCGCUGUCAUAACAAAACCGUGCGUCUCUGAGAUGGUAAAAUUAGCUCAUUCAUGUCCAAAAGCUACAUUUAGUACUGCAGAACUGGUUCUGAUUGGUUUAAAGCCAUGAAAUUUGGCAGAGAUGUACUUCAGAGAAACAUUUAACAGUACCAGGUUGAAUUUUCUUGAUUGCUUGUCAUUUUGGAACUUUUAUUUUGUCAUUUUUCUCACAGUCGAAUUAAAAUCAGUAGUCCUAUUUGGUCAAAAGACUGAAUUUAAUGAUAAAUGACAUGAACUCACUCUGUAGCCGUACGGUUUGACUGAUGUGAAAAACGUCUUUUAGAUUGGAAGCUCAGAGAACAUAUGGACUUUAAUGAGUUUAUGUAUAUUGAUAUAAGAAGAUUGUAUCCCAUAUGGUCCAAUCAUCACAAUCUAUAGGGCAGUUGGCAUUUUACACUUAAAAUUAGUUUUUUGUUUUGCUGUCAGUGAUGAGCAGGUCCCCACAUGUGUAGAAAUACAGUUACGCCAGUAUGGUCACCCCAGGGAGGGUGCUGCUCACCGUCCACUAGUGUCUCUUUGUGGUCAAGCUGAGUGAGGAGACACUUGAUAUUUGAGCCCAUAGCAGAGCUGAAGCCGGAGAGCUGGAUUACUUUCUAUUGUCAGCAGCUCCAAAUGACCCAGAGUGCCUUUCUCCCAUUAUCAGAGGCCCCAAGCUAGCGCUGAGUCAUCUGCUUCCCAUGAAACCAUCUGAGAUCACCUCAUGUGGAGCUCUAAGAACACCUGUUGGCCCUUUUUGACCAAUGUAAAUGCACACCCAGAGAUAUUUCACGCUAUCAAAGCAAAGACGAUUCUUUCUUGUGUCUGAAGUUGGAUCACAGGAACGCUCCAGCAUUUUUACUAAGCUAAAAUGCUCGGUUUCCAUGGCAACUGCCCAUUUACUUCCAUUGUAAAUGCGUCCUGAGCCGACACGUUUAGUCUUUUUCUAAGUUUAGUGAAACGUGUCAAAAUGAUGUCUGUGGUCACUGAUUUUACGCUACAAAUGCAGGAGAUUGGAUUAGAUCCAAAAAGUUUGGCCUUUUAAAGGUGUGGAAACCUGUCCAGAUCAUUGAAUCAAACAAAAACUUAGUUUCAGAUGAAAAAUCUCUACAGCCAUGCCAGCAUUGGCUUAACUGUCACUUGGAGGUGGACGAUAUGGCAAAAAUAUCAUAUUGCGAUACCUUGAAAUUUUCAUGAUGCACAAUAUCUCGAUAUUUAUUCUUUCAGACAUCUGAAAAGUUAGAACUGAGAGAAGAAGAGGCAGAACUGCUGCGUUUAUAAAAAAAAAAAGACCAUCAAAACUUUUUUUUUUUAAUUCAGUAUUUGGCGCUAAAUCCAAUAAAAUAAAUAAAUAAAACAGGAGUAAAUUUGCGCUCUUUAUAAUGCAACAUGCAGCUGGUCAGUGUCUAUAAGGACUAAUAUACACAAUGUGUCAAUUUCACAACAACUAAUAUUAAUAUUUAUUUUUAUAUUCGAACAUAGUCCUAUUGCCAGCCCUUCUCAAGAAAAUCAAAGAAAAAGCAGUUUUAUGUUACGAAGUAGACACCAGAAGUGAGUUUUUAACCCUUGCAGUCCGAGUAAAGGCAUCAAACUGAGGUGAGCUGUCUAGGUAUCUAGCUUCCUUUUAGCUCGUUCUCCUCAUCUGAUGAUCCAUUUCUGUUGUUUUGAGUAUUUAUUCUCUGCUGUAAUGAUUAGUUGCUGCAGUUAUGCAGCUGUAAAAUUGUAUAAUAUGUUCCUCCAGUGGUUCUUUAUGACUCUUUUUAGAACCACGAGUUCUGUAUCAAACCAUUCACAUGCUUAAACGGUUGGUUUCACAGUGUAACUAUCCUUCAGAUUGAUGGGGGAAUGUGUUUGAAAGGGGUUCUAUGUAACAUCUAAAGGGGGUUCUGCUAUUAUGAUGUCAAGCUUUUUACAGUAGAAGAACCCUUUUUGGUGGUUCUGUGCAGAACUGUAUAGCUACAACACGUUCUCAAUUAAUCAGAACCGUUUCAUGAUCUAAAUGGAGCUAUUCCCUUUGCUGAAGAACCGCUGAAGAACCAUCUUUCUAGGAAUGUAAGAUGUUUGGCUUCCUAGCUGUCUGCAUUCACCAGCUUGCAUACAAACACCAAGAAUAGGACGCACCGCAAAAAGCAGUUUAUCCGUUUUCAGAGGUUCUUCCCAGCUUCAAAAUACAUGAGAAGCGUUUUCCCCGUAUUUAAAGUGGAAAUUCUCGCUCUAGAGAUCAGUUAGCAUAUAUAGCUAUGAUGUAGCGUUAGCGUUCUCCAUCAGUCUGAAGAACCGUUUGACCAUGAAAAGAGCCAUUUAAAUGCAAAUUAGUUCUGUAUAGAACUCAUGGUUCUAAAUGGAGCCGUUCCCUUUACUGAAGAACCAUCUCUUUAAAACUGUAAGAUAUUUGGUUUACUAGCAACAGCACUAGCUGUGCAUGCUAGCAUGAAACCACCCAGCAUUAAGAAACCCACCACAGAGCUGCUGUUUUCAGACGCUCCUCACAACUUAAAAGAUGCUUCCGAAGAGUUUUUCUGGUAUUUAAAGUGGAAAAUAUCGCUCUAGAGAACACGGCGGCGUAUAUGAUGUAUCAUUCUCUUUAUUAAAGAACCCUUGAAGAAC